AUGCCAAUGAUGUAGAUGCUAAUGAUGAUGAGGAGGCAGUGGAGGAGGAUGAGGGAGGAGAUUAACAGGGACCGCUGACAGACCCAAUGAAUGGGACCCUUACAACUGGAAUAUGUACAUCUAGGAACAUGCGACCUUGUAGUAAUUAAUAAUAUUGCCUCUUGAUCUGGGUCAGACAAUGACAGGGGCACAACAAACCUUCUCCAUACCGGGAGUGUUCGUGCCUUCCAUAUUUCCUUCAUUAAACCCAUUGUAUGGUUUAGGUAGAAUACAAGACUGGGGCUCUUCAUCGUGGUUUAGGAUUAUUGAUUUGGAGUUCUACCGGGUAGUAGCCGUAGUUGGGGCUGGACCGCCGACCUUCUACAUAGUCACAAAUAAGCCUGAAUGGUCUGAUGCUAUUAUUGAAUGCAUGCUAUGGCUUGCCAUUUGGAUCGAACAUGUAGCCUAUCUCUGGGGUCCUUCCGCUCGCGAUCGCUGUCUAUCCGGCAUUCCAGAGGGUGGAUAUCUAGUCUACAAUGAGGGGUCCUUUCAGACGCAGUCAACCACCGCCCACCCCAUCCAGGACGACCUCGAGGGCUGGCGGGAUCGGCCUCUGUUCGGCUCCCGCGACUGCGUCACCUCACCUUAUUUUCUCACGGUUCAACCAGGUACGGUGUUUCGGUGAUUAACUAGUUAGUGGAAACGCAUACGUAUAUACUUCUGGUAAUAGCCUUUUCCUUCCUCUCCCUGCUCCCCUCCGUCCCCAUCCCCUUGUCUCAAUUUUCCUUACCCCAUCUACCACCUAUCACUUUUGUUGAUCCUUAUUUUUCCCAAUUCCACUUCGUCUGUCAAUUGACAACACUUUUGUUGAUCCUUAUUUUUCCCAAUUCCACUUCGUCUGUUAAUUGAUACAAAACCCUUAUCGAACGCAUCAUGAAUAUGUGGGGUCUCGGUGAAGGUUAUGACUUGGGCCCACGAGAUCCAGGAGUCAACCCCUGGGUGGACAGGGUGGCAGGUGGCUGCUUUUCUCUGCAGGGGGCCGGGUAUGCCCGUCAUAAUGAUGGAAGAAGAGCUGAUGCCAGUUUCCGGAGGUCACCAAAAAAACGACCCCGAUUCAAAAAGCCACCUCUGUCCUCCCCCCCAAAACUCCCUGCAGUCCCAAUCCCUCCUCAAACGCCUAUUCUUAUACCGACCGUUACGGUUACGGAUAUCGAUCGAGUACCUUGCCUUACCCAACCAAGACUGUUUACUGUUAUGGAACCACCCUCAAGCCUAAGAGACUUGUCUCACAAGCGGAUAUUACAGUUGCAAGCAGAUCUCGAAGGCAGCUUAAUUUUUCCCCACGUUUCACCCAAAGCUCUCCAGGGAUGGAAGGAGAUACAUCCACAAGUUGCGGAAAGUACCGAAAUCCGGUAUGAAUACAAUUUCCUCGCCGAAAGCCUCGUAAUUAAAUGCAUACCGCUGGCAACGCAUGACUCUUUGCAAUCUUUUUUUAAUGAAACGGUUUUACUAUCCCUGGCUGAAAAACUUGGAGUGUCUCGGGCUAGGGGAUUGGUCAAAGUGGGUUCAGGGACAAGUAUGUGAUUGAACAACCUCAUAUAAACUCGUGCUAUGCACUAUCUCCGCCUGACCUCUCAUCUUCAUCAGUCCCUACUGUGGUUUUUUUUUUGAUCUUGCUAAUCGUUUCUAGCCUUUACUGGAUUCAAGGGUGAUUGGACCGGAUCAUCCGAAAAGCUUCCGGAUGCAUAUGUGAAGCUGCACGAUACAGAGUUUCCCCGCGUAGUGUGCGAGGCGGGUUGGGCUGAAGGACUUGAAAAGUUGGUAGAGGACGCGCGCCUCUGGCUUCUGCAUACCGAUGGUCAGACCCGAAUUGUGAUCGUCGUUUCGUUUACGGAAAGCACCAUAAAGCACUCUUUGCAGGCCUCAAACAAGCAGCCAGAGGAGGCGACCAAGCCACACAGAAGUACCAGUGAGGAGGAAACUGUGGUGGAUAGUAUCGAUAGUACAACGAACUUAAACGAUUUGGCUAAGAAGCUAAUGGAUCUUAAUCGAAGAGAUGAGCUUGGGCAGCCCUUAGUUAGUAGCUUAAAGGCUACCAUGCAUGUCUACCGAGCGAGCAAGGAUGGCCGAGAGAUAGAGAAAUCGUUUGAGGCAACAUUAUUUCCCGAGCCGGAUGUGGAUGGGGGAGACCCUAAGGAGUUUGGAGUCACAAUGGAGGAUCUUCUGGGUGACAGCCUCCCUAAGGGCCAAGACCCGAGUGAUUGUAUAAUGUUUUGUUUAGACGGACUGCGGGAGUUCAUCAGCAGUUCGAUACCAGACACGGAGCGUGUAAGGGCAGCCAAACGUGCCAAGAAGCUAAUGGUCAUGGCGGGGGUAUGGGAAGAGGAGGAGACGUUUGCUCAGUCUAAACGGCGGCGCCUGAAUCCCUCUGGGGCAUAA